UAACAUUCUUAGCGAUGUUAAAUCAGUGUACGGAUUAUACUUUAAGAAGAAAAGAUGUUAUACAUUCUUUUCUUCAUUUUUUUCGCUUCUUUCUCUGCAGCAGAUAUAAAUUCUAGAAUCAUAGGAGGAAAGUCUACCACGAUAACUGCACAUCCAUAUCAAGUAUCUCUCCUUUAUAAAAAUAAACUUCUCUGCGGCGGUUCGAUAAUAAGUAAAUUAUGGAUACUAACCGCUGCACAUUGCAUUGAUAGGAUAACAGUCAAAGGACUUUCCGUUCGUGUUGGAAGUACUUAUUAUGCUAAAGAUGGUACGCUCAUCGAGAAUAUAGCUCAACUUAUUCCGCACAAUCUUUAUGACGAUCAUACUCUUGAUUAUGACGUUGGCUUGAUAAAGUUAGCUUCAGAACUGAAGUUUAGUUCGACAGUGAAUAUAGUGAAAUUACCUUCGGUGAACUCAAACGUGCCAGGUGGACUCAAUGCUGUCAUCACGGGAUGGGGAAAGACGGCAACAACGGAUACAUCUAACACGUUGCAAGCUCUGACAGUACCCACCGUCGAUCAACAAAAAUGCAUUGAAAUCUUUCGUAAGAGCCCGUAUCAAAUCACGCAACGAAUGAUAUGUGCCGGUUAUCUCUCCGGUGAUAAGGACGCCUGUCAGAGAGAUUCCGGUGGGCCUCUCGUGUAUAAUGGCAAACAGAUAGGUAUCGUAUCUUGGGGUCUAAAGUGUGCAACCAAGGGUUAUCCUGGAAUAUAUACAAGAACGUCUGCCAUACGUGCUUGGAUAACAACUAUGACGAAGAUAUUCUUUCCUGGCUUUUGUCUCGACUCGUCUCUCAUCAUGCGUACUCGACUCUUCCUAUCGUUUUUUUUUCUCUUCGCACAGCUGGUUCUCUCUCAGGAUUUUAAUUGGGAUUACGACGAGGGUCGCAUUGUUGGUGGCCAACAGACCAGCAUUCAUCAGCACCCCUACCAAGUUUCUGUUCGAUUUAAUACUCGUCACAUCUGCGGUGGUGCUAUCAUUAGUAAGGAAUGGAUUAUCACUGCAGCUCACUGCGUAAAAGACACAUUUGUAAGAUACGUCUCGAUAAAGGCAGGAAUAUCGGAUUUAAGAAUGAGAGGUAUAAUGAUCCGUGCUAAGGAAAUUAUUAUUCAUGAGAAUUACAAUCAUCAGACUUCGGAUUAUGAUAUCGCAUUGAUUCGAUUAGAGAAGUCAUUUCAUUUUGGACAAAAUAUGAGACCCAUCUCUUUAGCGAAAACUACGGAUCAGUAUACGACAGGUUCUAAGGCUGUUGUGACAGGUUGGGGCGUCUUAAGAAAGAACGGGGUGUUGUCCGAUAAAUUACGCGAAGUAAGAGUGCCGGUUCUCUCGAAUAGAAAUUGUUCAUACUUGUAUAUGGGUCGUGAGAUCACGUCAAGAAUGCUGUGCGCUGGUUAUUUAAAUGUUGGUGGGAGAGAUGCUUGUCAGGGUGAUAGCGGAGGACCAUUAGUACAACACGGAAAACUAAUUGGCCUUGUAUCUUGGGGUUAUGGAUGUGCAGAACCAGCAUAUCCUGGGGUUUAUACGCGAGUAGCAGCUCUUAGAUCUUGGAUAACUGAACAUGCUGGUGUAUGAGAAGUAAAAUAAGCAAUUUUUAACAAUAAUGUUUCGGAACGUAAGAAAAGUAGUUUUGUAUAUUUUUAUUACUAUAUAAAUAUCCAAUGAUUACAAUAUUUUAGGUAGACAUUGUUCUCGAAUAUAGAUGGCUGCGCGAUCAUUUCUGAUAUAUACUUUCUAAUUUCCUAAAUUUUUCUAAUUUUCUAAAUUAAUAGUUUAGUAGUGGAUACCCGAAUUCGAUGCAAUCCACUCAAGGUAAUUACUGAUACGGGUAUAGACACCCGGAUGUAGCAUAGUUUCACAUCCUAAUCCAUAGGAUAGAAUCCCAAUCAGCAUCUGGUCUACCAUGAGAGGUGCUCCUAGAUCUCCCUACAAACAUACGUGAGACGAUUUCGGUAAAUGAUCAAGAUCGUGUUCAGAUUAAUUCUCCUUGCUCGUCCAUUGUUUGCAAAUAACUCGAACGUCGCUCUUCAAUUUUGGCCAUAACUCUUGAGUAAAUACUUGCAACGAGAUCGAAUCGAUUUCAACGUUUACACUGACGUUCUCGUAUUGACUUGGUAUUAUUGUUUAACAAUAAUAGAAAGAUCAAUAAAACGUGACGUUCGGUAGAAUCGACAUUGGAAUUCCUUAUCGCAUAUAGAGAUAGAAAGAGAGAGAGGGAGAGAGAGAGGAAGAGAGAAGAUUCACGAAUGUAUUCGUAAAAUUUGAAGCGAAGAGAAUGAAUGCGAGUCUGUUGAGGCAUUUGGGUGACGAUUUUAUUAAGAAAAGAAGUUUCGGCAUUUUAUCGGCAGACCGGCACCAUUAUAUUCUUUCAAUAAUAUUCAAUUUCGAUUCCGUAGUUCGUAUUCUGUAUUCAAGAAGGUUCUCUUAAGCAUUCCCAAAGCUCUUCUCGUCGAAGAGUACUUUUCAAGAGGACGCUGGAGUAUCGUUAGAGGUUCAACCUGCAUGAAUCGAGCACAAAGAGUCCAUUUACGGAUAUAUCGCCGAGAUACUUUCGAAAUUAACGUUAUCACCGCGCCAUUUCAAAUGCCGGGGCUUUCGAAUACAGAGGACUCGAAGAGGUCUCUCCACGACGAUGCGAGUGGUGCUUGCGCGUGCUUUCGUUUAAAUCCUUUGAAAACGUGUCGAUCGAAUAAAAACCGAUUUUCAUGGAAUAAAAAGCGCGAGUCUCCCGGAUAGACGUGCGACGCCUUUCAUUUUUAUCAUAGCUAUGCGUUGAAGUGCGAUCACGGAGAUGCGAUAUAGGAAGUGCUUUUUAUUAUUUUUUUAUUCUCUUUUUUUUUUAUUAUCAUUAUUAUUUCUAUUUUUUAUGAUCAACAAAUAGUGGCAAAGUAGUCGAUAAUAAAUUUUUCGCGCCCCUUUUAUCGGAUUUCAUCGUGAUUUUAUAUUUGAUUACAUUUUUCCACGGUAGUUUUUUUUUUUUUUCAAGUGCUUCAAUAAAAUCACCGUCGCUCGUGUUAACUUGUAAAAUAGUAAUUAAAUUGCGAGUUUCUAGCGGGAAUUCGCGGUGGUGCGUUAGGAACAAUCGUAUAAAUCGUUUGCCGCUGACAAAUGACAGUAGUUAUCUAAUACGUCACUGUAACAAUCACAGAGAACAAAAUCGUUGUAUGUAUUAGUUGAUUCUGUAGUACAUCGAUCAUGACCGAGAGAUACGUGCAUCCAUUUUUGUGAGACAUAUUCAAGAUAAAAUGAUAGCAUCUAGAGGAAAUUACUUUUAUCUGAGACUAGUCAUUGCUUCAUUUUUUGAUCGAACGGGUACUUUUCUAUCUUUGAUUUUUUUAUCUAUUUAGAAAUAAUACCUACUUAUCGCGGUAUAUAUAAGUACUUGAGAUAUGUCUCUAGUAGAUACAAUGUUACAUUUACCAUAACAUUUAUAAUCAGAUAAGAUAUUCUGUCAUAAUUACUUUUCUGUUUAAAUACGAUCAAAAAUAAAAUAAUAUCAAUGAUGUGUAAGGCUUUUGAAUAUUUAGACAAAAAUUAUUAACCUCGAUUUUAUUCAAGCAAUAAAGUGUAAAGCGUUGAAAAGGCUUUCUUAUCAGACGAAGAUAAAGAGAAAGAAAAAAUGAGAAAGAAGAAAAGCAAAAGGCGUGCUUUCCAUAGUAAGGUCUCCCAUUGUUCCUUAACCUCUGCCUCUGACACCCGAACGUGCUUCGUAACGGAAAGUAUAUAGAUAUACAUACAUAAGUACUUAUGUACGUGCCUUAGCUUAUACAUAUGUAUUAUACGCCGUGAUCAUACAUGCGUUUAUCGUUCAGACAUUUGGAUGAGGUGAGAAAACUUUUUGAAAGUGUUUACUUAUGGGUGCUUCGCGAUCAUCAAUUAUUUCCAUUUUUUUUUAAUCUCUUUUAAUCAUCUACAUUUUUAAAUAAAUUUCCUUACCUGACACGUUUCCACUCCUUUAGUCAUGUUACCAGCACAAAGCAUUUUCUCGGAGAGUGGUUUGUAGCUUGGCAUCAGGGAUGCGCAUCUCUUCUGAUUUACGGUCAUCACACUUAUUACCGAUAACUCAGGUUCAAUAGAUAUUUUCUGAAACUGAGAAUCAAUCCACUGUGUACUUGGAUAUUAAACAUAGAAUCCAAAGUUUUAGGACUGAUAGCUAGAUUCAUCGAAUUUUAAUUAUAUUUGUCAUGUAAAUGAUUGAUUAAUAAUCGUUAUUUAGAUAAUAUGAAAAGUUUUACAUACCGAUUUUCGUUGCCAGCCAGUAACGAAAGAUAUGGUAUUAUCUUUAAUGAUGUCCGUAUUUUCUGGCAAACCAAUCGGUUGCAAUUUUUGCCCAAACAUUACUGGCAUUUUCAACUAAAUAGGAGAUUUAGCUCAAGUAUACUUUUUUUUUUAUUAACAUCAAGAAAAUUAUCGGUUAAAAUGUUUUUGUAUUGAUAAUACAAACCCUUAUCAAUGCUAUGUCGUUGAUAUUAACAUAUUUGUCAAAUUUAUUGUGGAUAACGAUGUUACUCACAUCCAAAUUAUCUCCCUUGCUUACUAAAGAUUCAGAACGAACGCGUAUCUUAACAUCGGAUGUCUUCGAGCUAAGAAUAAUUUAGAAUUAUGUGAUACGAGAUUUUUCUAUUAAAAUUGAAUUAAUUAGGAACUUUAGACAUAUUUUUCUGGGAGUAUUAAAUUGAAUAAAUAAUAAUAUUCAUUAGUGAAAAAUGUAAUAUAUGAGAGAAGCAUAUGUAUAUACUUGAAUACGCAGGAUGCUGCGGUUAAAAUCCAGGAUUCGUAUAUCAAUGCACCACUGCAUAUGUGCUUUCCGAAUUUUUGAAUAGACACCUAAAAGAGGAAACAAUACUUUCUAAUUAAUUAAAGAAAAAUACAAAUGAUACAAAUUUAAUUUUAGUUUUAAUUAUUUAUCAUGCUUAAUAAAAUAUAUUUAAUGUCCUGUUUUCGUAUUUUUUUUAAAUAAGAAUUACUUUACCUUUAAAGGUUUACUAUCUUUAAAGCUAAGAAAAGAACCAAAAUUAUUUAAUAACGAUAACAUGUAAAUAAGUAUUCUCUCUCUUCUUCUCUCUUUCUCUUCCUUUCUUUCUCAUUAUAGAUUAUAUAGGUGUAGGUUAUUUUACUCACGUUAUCGAGAGUGGUUUGCACGAUAUAAAUCGGUAAAAAAUUAUUUCAUAGACUUACGUGAUAGGGGUACUCUUUGAUAGACACCUUUUUGGCCUCUCUAAGAACGAAAACUAUAUAUACAUAGACACGCCUCGAUAUACAUAAUUAUAUUUUGUAGAAAUAUUUUUUUGAAAUAGUCAGUAUUGAUUUGGGAAAAAGAGAAGAAAAAAUAACACUUACUCUCAAUAAAGAUAGCACAAAUCAAGAGAAUAUUCUUUAACGCCAUUUUGUUGAUGAUCGAUCACACCUCGAUGACAGUAUACGUAGAAA